GCCAGACGCGUUGGCGUGAAGGGAGCGUCAGAUGCAACCCGGCCGACGCAUAUAUCAGCGACAGGCCGGCUGCACCUCCAUCGCUGGCACUCCCUCGCAGAUCCAUACAUACCGCACUCAUGUCGACCCUCCUACGCCCUCCCCCCGGCCGCUCGUCGCAGGCGCCCAUUGAGAACCUGCUCGAGCUCACCCAGCUCAGCGACAUCGACCCGGACCUCUUCACCAACACGCGCCCGCUGUGGACUCCCCCAGGCGCGCGCGGCAUCUUUGGCGGCGCUGCCAUCGCGCAGACGCUGAGUGCCGCCCAGAAAACCGUGCCCAGGGACUUCACCGUCCACUCGAUGCACUGCUACUUUGUGCUCGCCGGCAGCGCAGACAUACCCAUCAUCUACCAUGUCGAGAGAGUCCGCUCAGGCAAGUCCUUCGCGACGAGAACCGUCCAGGCGCGCCAACGGGGUAAGGUCAUCUUCACAACGACCAUGAGCUUUGUGCGGCAGAACAGUGCGGGGGACAAGCUUGUCGAGCACGCAUAUCCCAUGCCCGACGUGCCUGGCCCUGUCGAGGACAUGGACGAUCUGGACGUGAGCGGUGGCACCCAAGGCCCCUUCCAGAGCCAGAGGCUGGACAUUGAGAACAACGACUCGGAACACGCCCACGUCAAGAAGUGCAGGCAAUGGGUCAAAGCUCGCGGUAUCAUCUCUCCUGAAGGCGGACACGAGGCGCAUCUCUCCGCCAUCGCCUACAUGUCAGACAGCUACUUUGUGGGCACCGUCGCGCGAGUGCACAAGCUAUGGCGCUACUCCACACUGCGCGAAAGCAAACACAAGUCCACCAUUGAUGAAGACGUCCUCAAGAAACUCCUCGCCAUGGACGACGUCGAGCUGAAACGUCUCAACAUCGUCGACGAGGCAGACCUCGACCGUAUACGCCGCCUGAAGAACGGCGAGACCGCCGUCGAGGACCCCAUACCAGAAAUUGGCAUGAUGGUCAGUCUGGACCAUACCAUUUACUUCCACAACCCACGCACUUUCAGGGCAGACGAGUGGAUAUUCACCGAGAUGGAGACGCCCUGGGCUGGUGAUGGCCGUGGAGUCGUUCACCAAAGGAUGUACACGCAGGAUGGCGUCCUGAUCGCAACCUGCGUCCAAGAGGGCGUUGUGCGUUUGCGCCAGACAGAGAGUAAGCUGUAGGGCAGGUGCAUGCUUUCUCGUCACUAUUUUCGUCUAACUUUGUGAAGCGGCCUUUCCAGACUCGCUUGUAGCGAGAAGAUUGUUUCAAUAUCCUAGUUCUUUAGAUACCCUGUUGUGCCCAACGCAUAUUUUUAGACCAAGACUGAACUAGUAUAACUUAUCGUAGCCCAUCCAUGAGAAGCCCUGGAUGCUUCCGCUGUGUUGGCACUUAUAGUAGUCGAAUGCGCCAAAAUAACUAAUCGUAACUCGUCAAAAUCU